CAAAAUGCUAUGGAAUCGGUUAGUACCACAUUUAACUCACAUUUUUGAUGAUUUCUGCUUGCAAAAUGGUGAUAUCAUGAUGCUUGUUGCUUCAAAACGUGCGCUAACCGUGACAAAUUUGCCGAUCUUUUGCCAAUAUUUUCAUGAAUACUGAACUCAUCCGAAAGAAACUUUCACCAAAGGGUAAUUUUAGGUCACUUUUCACGUUGAUGUCAAAUUUUAAGGAUAUUGGCUAGUUUUUGAGAGAUAAUGACCUUCCGCGAAGUAUAGACACGCGCGAAGUUUGGACUCACUGCCAUACAUUCUUCCAGGUAGGCCUAUAGAGUGAUGCUUCAAGUAGGCCUACUUAAGGUUAUCACACUAUGCUAUGGCAACUGAACUAGGCUAAUUUAAGUUUUAACAAAAGUUUGCCUUGUGUAAGAUAGAGACUGAAGCUUUCGCCGUAUGAAUUGAUUUUUAAUCACAUCAGGAUCUGUCCUGUAGUCCGGUCUGGACAUGUAGUUUUAUAGUCAAUUUGUAUGAAAAUGAUGGAAUUAUUAUCGGCAUCCAUGAGCUGGACAUGCAAGCAAAAUAAUGUGCAAGACAAUAUAUGAUGCAAUUUUAAGGAUUUGGAUCUGUGGGAGCUAGGUAAAACAUGCUUACAGGAGGGCUGGAGUGAGCAUUUUUUUUUCUUGCCUGUCAAAUGAAGUCAAUAAUCACUUCUCAAACGAGUAAGCAAUUUUUGUAUGGAAAAUUUAGAAAAUUUACUGGUCCUGCAGCUCAUUUUGCGGGCCCCUGAUCAUCUGAGCAGUGCUAAGGUGGAGCCCUAUUUACAGAACAUGUUUUUGCACAUCACUCAACAUGUACAAUGAUGUAUUAUUGCAUGCUGCACAAAGAUUAAAAGAUAUUAAUUAAUUUCCUUGUCUUAACUCUUUGAUACAGUGAAGAAGAAGUUCGAUAUCGCAGAGGAUCAUGAUUUUAUCUUUGUGGAUGAGGGAGAUGGGUCCUCUAUCGAUGAGGAUGUUUUGAUGGAGAUUAUUUCCAGUAAUCCCAAUUUAACGCUUAUGGUCCUCAACGAACAUGAAGAGUGGGAAUCAGCAGUUCCAGCAACUCCAACAGUCUCUCCAAGCUCUUCUAUAAGUUCUGCAAGUUCCAGUUCUUCAAGUUUUCAACUUCGGGUUGAUGCCAUUUCUCCAUCAGAGUCAGAAUCAAGUGAUUCUACAACUCCUAGAAGACAUUUCCACCUGUCAGGAGUACAAGAUGCUUGCACAAGAUCUGAGAACUUAAAGGAUGUGCUUCUCACCAGAGGAGGGGAAUGCAUCUUAGAAGAAUAUGAUCACAGCAAGUGCCUUACAGAUAGGACAAGGAGGCUGCUGGUGAAUAUCACUGUUGCCUAUAUGAUGGAAAAAUAUGGGAAUACUCCAAAGGCUGCCAUCAAGAAAAAGUAUGCUGUAGCAUUGGUGAGCCUGUUUCCAUCCCUCAAAGACCCUCAUACUGCAAGUGGACAUGAAGCUUUUUAUGAUGAACGGAGCAAUACAGGAUUUUUGGUCGCCAGGAUCAAAAAUGUGAAUCGCAUGCAGAACAAAAAUGCAACACAGAGAAACAGGAAGAUUCUUCCAACAUUGCCAACCGCAGGACCAAAAAACAAUCAACGCAAUCUCAAACUGGAGGAGGAGGUCUCCAGAGAACAGCAAGAGAGUGAAAUGAAUUGGCUGAAGCAUACACCAAAUGUAGCCACUGACCGCUCAGUCAUCAUGAGAAAGAUGAGGAACACGUUCAAGCUGCGUCACGAAAUGGUCCGUGAUGGAAGAGAGGCCGGGAACAUCAUUCAGGAAUUUCGUCCCUUCCUAACUACUGCUGGACUGAUUGAGCAAGAUUUCAGCUUAAUGUUUCCGGAAAAUCACUCGCACUUCUUAGAGAAAUGGCCUAGGAUGAAAGUCAAGGUGCUAUCUCUGGCCAAGGAGCUACAUGGGAAUCCUACUGCUGAGAACUUGUUGAAGCAUGUAGCAAGAGAGAAGGACAGUGAUGCAUUGUCGCAGGGUUGGAAUGGAGAUACUGCUGCAGUUCUUCUACUGUUGUGUCUCUUGCCACCGUGCAAUCAUGGACGAAGUGGUGCAGUAGGAAAGAUGUCUGUUGGCUCAGCAGUGGACCUCCUCUUACAAUUUGAAAAGACUGGAGUCAAUCUUGAGCAGUUACUUCAGGAAGGAAAACGUCAAAUGCAGCCGUUUCUACUGGCUCUUGGACGGUCCAAAGCGCAGAUAACUCAGUACUUCAUCAUCAUAGAUCACAUGGCCUUGCCAUGUGCAGCACAUGACAUCGAGGGAGCAAUGGAUGCCCUUUUCAAGUCGCACUACGUGUUCGGCUUGGAAUAUGCUCGCCCACUGAAGAAUUUCUGGACAUUUGUCCAGACCACCAUCUAUGGCGUAGAUGUGGAUAUAACCCUGGAGCCACCAAAAGUAAGAGAACUGCGUGCCAAGUUGCUUUAAAUCAUGAUAUGCUUCAGAUGCAAUAAACAGUUCAUGAGUGUCGGUCAGAUGUUCCAACAUUUGCGGCUUGUGCACGGAAUAUAUGAUUGUUUGUUUAUUAACUUUUAUAAAUCUAUUCUUUUGCCCCCCCCCCUCUUUUUUUCUUUCAGCAUAGAUGCCACCAACUACCCACAGUCUCUUGCAAGAUAUGCAAUUGAUUCUCGGCCAUCAAGGAGGAGCUGCAACUGUAGAAUCAGAAAAAAGAAAUUAAUGAUUCAGUACAUCUAGGGAUCUUUGCUCUGAGACAUUCAAAAAGGGGAAGAACUGCGUUAUGACUAUAAUGCUCCAGGUUUG